AUGAAGGAAGAGUUAAAAUCCAUGGACAAAAACCAUGUUUGGACACUUGUGCAACCAAGUUUAAAUGCUAAACCCAUUGGAUGCAAAUGGGUUUACAAAACCAAGAGAGAUUCUAAGGGGAAAAUUGAGAGGCUGAAAGCUAGACUCAUGGCAAAAGGUUUCACACAAAGAGAAGGUUUUGAGUACAUAGAGACCUUUUCUCCAGCUUCCUCCAAGGAUUCCUUUAGAAUAAUUAUGGCUCACACAACACACUUCAACUUAGAGCUCCACCAGGUGGAUGUGAGGCCUACUUUCCUCAAUGGUGAUUUGCAUGAGGAGAUUUUUAUGCAGCAGCCUCUAGGAUUUGUUGAAAGGGGGAUGGAAAGCAUGGUUUGCAUAUUAAAUAAGUCAAUCUAUGGUUUAAAGCAGGCAUCAAGGCAAUGGUACCUCAAAUUUGAUAAAGUCAUCACUACUUUUGGCUUUGCAGAAAACAAGUUUGAUGAGUGCAUCUAUUUAAAAGUGUGCACAAUACCUUAUUUAGCUUUUGUUGUGAGUGUGCUUGGAAGAUUUCAAGCAAAUCCUAGAGAACCUCACUGGGUGGCUGCUAAGAAGGUGUUGAGGUAUUUUCAAGGGACUAAGUCACAUAUGUUGAUUUAUAGCAAGGUGGAGAAACUUGAGAUAGUAGCCUAUACAGAUUCAGAUUUGGCAGGUUGCACAGAUGACAUAAAAUAUACAGCAUGUUAUGCUUUUGUUCUUGCUGGUUGUGCUGUUUCAUGGAAAAUUUGGAUUAAGAAUUUCAUUACAAAAGUCAGGAUUGUGGACUCUAUUGUAGGGCCAUUGAAGAUAUAUUGUGACAACGAAGCCGUUGUUUUCUUCUCUAGAAACAACAAGAGAACUCCAGCUUCUGAAUUGAUGGAGAUCAAAUAUUUGCUAGUCAAAGACAAGGUCAAGGAACAUGUGAUCGAUGUAAUACAUAUUGGUAUUGAAUCCAUGGUGGCUGAUCCUCUUACGAAGCCAUUACCAGUAAGAGUGUUCAAAAUACAUGUGGCAAAAAUGGGUGUUCAUUAA